AUGUUCUCCAUACUCGCUCUUAUUCCUGUCAUCGCCCUCAUCACUCUCGCAUCUGCGAGCCCUACUAAGCGUACGGAACCUGCCAGCCAGUGUGACACAGCUCCUGUACAGUGUUGCGAUUCUGUGCAGAGUGCUGGAAGCCCAGCCGCCGCAAACGAGCUGGGCCUGCUCGGCAUCGUCGUUCAAGACCUCAACAUUCCGGUUGGGCUGACUUGCACCCCGAUCUCUGUCAUCGGCGUAGGCAGUGGUGCCUCCUGCGAUGCAUCUCCCGUAUGCUGCGAGGAUAAUAGCUACAACGGCGUAGUGGCUAUCGGCUGCGUCCCCGUCGACCUCAGCCUCUAA